AUGACAGGCAACACGAAGCAUGUCUUCCGCGCGACGGCCAAAAGAAUCAUCAAGCCGUUCAAAAGACGGCCGUUUGUGGAUCCCUUCCACGCGAAAGUGCACGCGGCUGGCUAUGUCGAGAAGACCGCCCAGGUCAAUGCCAUCACACUAACUUAUGCUGAAGGCCCCGACAAUGGGCCACCACUCGUCCUCCUUCACGCCCAGCUUCUCGACUGGUUCAGCUACAGCCGCGUGCUGCCAGAACUCUCCAAAUCCUAUCAUGUCUUUGACAUCGACUAUCCUGGCCACGGCAUGACCGUCACUCCUCCGAAAUAUCCAAUGACCGCCAAUCAGAUCGGCACCGACCUUAGCGAUUUCAUCACUCAGCAUAUCGGUCGGCCCGUGUACAUCACAGGAAACUCUUCUGGCGGCCUACUUGCAACCUGGCUGGCUUCGAACCGACCUCAACAAAUCAAAGCAGUGCUGCUAGAGGAUCCGCCGCUCUUUUCGGCAGAAUACCCCCGAAUCAAGCAAACAAUUGCUUAUCGAGCGUUCAUGACAAGCUAUACAGCUGCGACGCAGGAUCAUCCUGAUGACUUUCUGUUAUAUUGGAUCAAAGGCAAUUCUGCCUUUUUCACAAAACAUGUGGGACCUGGCGUGCCCUUCAUCCUAACCCAGGCUGCCAAGGCUCGUAAACGCAGCGCGCCUAAUGAUCCAGUGGAAUUGCGUCUUAUAAAGAACGAGACUGUGCGGAUGUUGCUACGAGGCCUGGACCAGUAUGAUCCGCGUUUCGGGGCGGCCUUUUACGACGGAAGCUGGAACAAAGACUUCCAGCAUGCAGCAGCUCUGGCCAAGAUCCAGUGCCCGGUCUUGCUGAUGCAUGCGAACUUCACUAUUGAAUCUGACGGCAUACUGAAUGGGGCCAUGAGUAAAGAUGACGCUGAUCAGGCAAUGUCAUUUUUGCAGCGUGGCAAAUUUUUGAAGGUAGAUGCCACUCAUGUUGUCAAUCUUGACAACCCAGAUUUGUUUGUCAAGACAUUGCACGAAUUCUUCUCAAGUAAUUGA